AUGAAGCUGUCUGUAUAUUGCUUUGUUUCCAGUGGAGAAGUGAGAUUUGUUCCUAUAAAUUCAAAUGAAGAUACUUUACACCCCAUUGAGGACCCCGAAAAUGAUCAAAUCAGCCAAAUGAAUCGAAUCGCUAAUGCCGUUCCUCGAGAAAUCAAAAUGAAAAUAGAAAAUAAGAAUCUAUUAUAUAAACUAAACAAUGCGUCUUUUUCAGAUUUGGAUUCAGAUUCACAUCAUGAAGGCUCUAAUACGCCAUCGUUACAAGUGGAUUCAUCACCUGGUACUUCGCCCAGUCCACCUCCAGGAAAUAAGUGUAAUGACACGAGUGCCAUAAAUAUUCACCCCACACACGCUAUGUAUUUACCUGAAUAUUACAUUGACUUAGAAAGCAGUCAAGAUAGUGAGUAUAGUGAGGUUAAAGCUCUUCUUUCGAAGAUAUUUCCUCAGACUUGGGUGGACGCUACCAAGAUCCAUAUAGAGAGAGUUACUGGUGGUAUAACGAAUAUGCUUUUGUCGUGUUCAUAUUCAGGAACGCAAGAGACCGUUCUUAUGAGAGUGUAUGGGAAUGGUACGAACCUUAUUAUAGAUAGACAUAGAGAAUUCGUGCUGCAUUUGGUUUUAAAUUCCUUGGAGUUGGCACCCGCGGUCCAUGCAAGAUUCAGAAAUGGUCUAGUAUAUGGUUUCUUACCAGGACGAUCUUUAAAAACAGAAGAACUACACUCUGAGGGGUUAUAUCCUUCGAUUGCCCAACAGUUGGGUAAUUGGCAUAGUAAAGUAGACAGUGAGGCUAUUCAAAAUGGAGUAGAAAGAUUGCGGAAUUUCACUGUAGAGAUGAAGAGGCAAUCAAAAGAACAUGGAAAAGAUGGCGAGUCCGUCAAGAAGAAAAGCAAGAAGUUUAAAAAGCGUUUUAUAUCCAAUGUGUGGGAAUUAAUCGAAGAUUGGAUCAACAUUGUACCUAUUACUCCAGAUUUAAUUUCUUCAUUCAAUGAAAAUUCUGAAAAUGAAGUCACCGAGGAAAACAUGAGAGAGGUUAUACAAGACGAAUUUCUAUGGUUAAAAUCAGUUACUGUAUCCACAAAAUCUCCCCUUGUAACAUCACAUUGUGAUCUUCUUUCAGGGAAUGUUAUUAUCCAAAGUAAUUAUCCAGUUGAUAAUACGUCGUUUAAAUUGCCCCUGCUUGAUAUGAAUCCUAUAAAAUUCAUUGACUACGAAUAUAUGUUGCCCGCACCUAGAGCAUUUGACAUCGCCAAUCAUUUCUCUGAGUGGCAGGGUUUUGAUUGCAACAGGGCAGCCAUCCCUGAAGCAUCAUUAUCAAAUCCAACUAUGGUAAAAUGGGUCAAAGGAUACCUCAAUAAUGAGAAUGCUUCACAAGAUGAAGUAGGCAGUUUAAUUAACGAAAUAGCUGGAUUUUAUGGAAUGCCUGGGUUCUACUGGGGUGUUUGGGCCAUGAUUCAAAGUGAAAUUUCAGACAUUGACUUUAAUUAUGCUGAAUACGGCAAAUCUAGAUUACAAGAAUAUUGGGAUUGGAAGGUAAGUAAUUUAAAGAAUAUAUAG